AUGCCACUCGCGCGCACAAACUCCCACACUACGACGCUGUACAGCGCCACAUCGAACACCUCGACGCUGGUGGCACGGAGUCCAUCCCCCAGCCCCGCUGCAGCCAAGGACACGGACGCUGCCAUCUCCAAAUCCAAGGGCCUCGGCGCGAGGUUCAAGAGCAAGCUCAACGGGUACAACAACGCCUCCGUCGUCACGCUCGUGAGCGAGGGUUUUGACGAGCCAGAUGUCCGUCAAGCGCUCAAGGCGGCGAGGGGCUAUGAGAAGGACGCGCGCAGUUGGCUCAAGCACACUCGCGACCACGUACCGACAAAGACGUACCACGCCGACUGCAUCGUCUGCCAUGCGGCGCUCAACAAGGGACCGGACUGGGUCAACCGUCAUGGCUUCCUCGCGCCACCGGCGGUGUUCAGCGGGAUGAGUGCCAGAUAG